CAGGUGAGAACUCUAUUUGUCAGUGGAUUACCUAUGGAUGCUAAACCAAGAGAAUUAUAUCUAUUAUUCAGGGCAUAUAAAGGAUAUGAAGGGUCUUUAUUAAAAGUUACCAGUAAAAAUGGAAAGAACACAUCACCUGUUGGAUUUGUUACAUUUACUACCAGAUUGGCAGCUGAAACUGCAAAACAAGAUUUACAGGGAGUUCGAUUUGAUCCUGACCUACCACAAACACUUAGAUUAGAGUUUGCAAAAAGCAAUACAAAAGUUACAAAGCCUAAACAGCAGUCACCUCAACCAGCUGCAACCCACCCUACUAUUAUCCAUCCUUUAACAGGCCAGCUAUGUCCCGCCAUCUUCCCUAGCUGUCCGGAGGGUUGGACCCCCCACCCUCUGGCCGCAUAUCCGGAGUUGACUCACACCGCUGCCCUGCAUCACACAGCACUGUUGCAGCACCCAGCCCUAACACAGCUCCCGGUACGGGUUAGUUUUAUCCAGCCCACAGCCCUUAUUGGCCCCCCAGCUACUAUGGGUAUUCCACACCCCUCUUACGCCACUACCCCCAUCUUAACUAGUCCCACAUCGGCAAUGAACAUGACCACCACCACCAAUAUGAUGACAUCACCCACUGUCCCUUGCUCAACAUUAUUUGUGGCUAAUUUGGGUCAGUUUUGUUCAGAGCAAGAAUUAAAAGAUUUAUUUGGAACGUUCCAGGGUUUUUCUAGAGUACGUAUGCAUAAUAAGGGUGGUUCUCCAGUAGCCUUCGUAGAAUUCCAAGAUUUAAGAACAGCAACUGAAGCAAUGGCUCGAUUACAAGGGUUUAUGUUGUUGUCCUCUGAUAGAGGUGGUAUUCGAAUUGAAUAUGCAAGAAAUAAAAUGGGGGAAGCGGUAAGCUUUACAUAA